UACGGAUACGUGCAGAAUGAGCUAAAGAAGCUUUAUUAAUUAGUUACUUGUCUUUGACAUUCCUUGUGCACGAGUCGACGACUGAUACUUCAAAAUGCAUACUUCGAAAUAUGCUGGAUAUCACAUUAAUGGAAAUCGUGAUUACAUUACAGAUGGUGAAGAGAGCCAUAGAGCUCCUUCGGACCGCACCGUGUCCGAGUAUAUCGUUGCUAACGAGCAUACCACUAUGGUAAAACCUACAAGAAAGAACCCCGCGGAUAAGUACGAUAGAGAAGAAGACAGGAGAUCCAGAAGCGCGCAUAACGCUCGCGAUUCGGUACUGUCCGGAUCUUCAAAACAUAGUUUGCAUCCGCUUCGCAAAAGUGCCUCGCACGGCAGUAUUUGCGACAAUGGUUCAGAUAUAUAUGUCACCAGCGCUGCAUAUAGAGCUACUUCCGACAUAAGUCGGGUAUCACGCCGUAGUCUCGCACCAAGCUCCAGAUUGGAUCACAGAGCGCCUAGUCAUUAUAGCUACGGUUCCGGCAGGUCAGGCACUUCGACAGUGAAAACUCGUACGUCACGAAAAGGCGGUAUUAUUGUGGAAACUAUGUCAACGCCUAAUCCAUUUUGCCCAAACACUAAGGGCGUCUGCUGCCUCAUGUUACUUCUCAAUCUUGGCUUGAUUCUAGUUACUUUAGGUUUCGUUAUCGUCAUACAAUUUUUCCAGCCGUUAGUCGUUUGGAUCUUGGGAAUAGUAUUUCUUGUGUUUGGAUUUUUGACACUGAUCGGUAGUCUCGUGUAUUGCGUACAUGUGUUCAAAAAUGCCAGACAUCCACACGAUAUCAAUCCGGAAGAUCUAUACUGGACCCAUUACUGGCAAGGUCGUGUUGGUUCUACAGCACCUGAAGUUUAUUAUAAAGCCGAAGACAAAUAUCAGGAUGAUGGCUAUAGCGAUCGAUACAGCAAAUACUCGGGAAAGUAUUAUGACAGGCAAAAUCAGAGAUAUUGAUUGGAAUAUAAAGAAUAGUAUCGAUCAUUAAUUAAAAUACCAAUUCACACACAUUCUGCCAGCUCGUAAGAGAUUUGGAAAAACCAAUGACGAAUAAAAAACUAAUCUCAGUGCAAUAAAAUAUACUUAUGUGUAC